CCCUCACACAUGGCACUUCCACUUCCAUUCUCGUUCACAUUUCUCCUCCUACUUCUGGCUCCUUCCUUCGUUUUCUCUUCCCCACUUCAAGAUCCAGAAUUAGUAGUCGAACAAGUACACAAGAGCAUGAACGCGUCGAGGAGAAACUUGGGGUUUCUUUCCUGUGGAACUGGGAACCCCAUUGAUGAUUGCUGGAGGUGUGACGCCAACUGGGAGAAGAACAGAAAUCGUCUGGCAGAUUGCGGCAUUGGGUUCGGAAAGAACGCCAUCGGAGGCAGAGACGGCAGAUACUACGUCGUCACCGACCCCGGCGACCACCCCGUGAAUCCCAAGCCAGGAACCCUCAGAUACGGCGUUAUACAGAAGGAGCCACUGUGGAUCAUCUUCAAGAAAGACAUGGUCAUCAAGCUCAAAGAAGAACUGAUCAUGAACUCCUUCAAGACCAUCGAUGGCAGAGGAGCCAAUGUUCACAUCGCAGGGGGUCCUUGCAUCACAAUACAGUUCGUAACCAACGUCAUUAUCCACGGAAUCAACAUUCACGACUGUAAACGAGGAGGUAACGCCUACGUACGAGAUUCUCCGACACAUUACGGUUGGAGAACGGUGUCGGACGGCGACGGAGUUUCCAUUUUCGGAGGAAGCCAUAUCUGGGUGGACCACUGUUCCCUGUGGAAUUGCGAAGAUGGACUGAUCGAUGCGAUUCAUGGGUCCACGGCAAUCACAAUCUCAAGCAAUUACAUGACCCGCCAUGACAAGGUGAUGCUUCUGGGUCACAGUGACAGUUACACGCAGGACAAGAACAUGCAGGUCACGAUUGCCUUCAACCAUUUCGGUAAAGGUUUAGUCCAAAGAAUGCCAAGGUGUAGACAUGGGUACUUCCAUGUGGUAAACAAUGACUACACCCAGUGGGAGAAGUAUGCGAUAGGAGGGAGUGCGAAUCCAACUAUAAACAGUCAAGGCAACAGAUUUCUUGCUCCUAAUGACGGCACCGUCAAAGAGGUGACGAAGAGGGAGAAUUCGCCGGAGAGUGAAUGGGAGAACUGGAACUGGAGGUCGUCGGGGGAUCUAAUGCUAAACGGUGCGUUUUUCACGCCGUCAGGGAAAGGAGCAUCUUCAAGCUAUGCUCGAGCUUCAAGUCUCUCUGCAAAAUCUUCUUCUUUGAUUGGCUCUAUAACAGCAUCGGCUGGAGCACUUAAAUGCCCAAAGGGCUCUCGUUGCUGAAUCAAAUUGGCUUUGGGUUCUCUGUAGGAUUAUUAGUCUUCAUCUAAACGCAGAAACGCUAGGACCAAUUUAAUCUAUAUGGUCUGAUCUUUCCUUCUGUAUAUCCUUUUAUUUAGCCUCUUUUAGUAUUGUUCCGUAAGACUACAACCUUAGCUUGUGGUCAUGAUGGGCACAAGCAUAAAGAGUUGAUAUAUAUAAUGUAUGUCUUCUGUGUUCAAUGACAA